AUGGCCUCGGGAGCCGUCGAUGGAGCUGACUCAGCCGCACGGGCUGCGACAAGGACUGCCGGCGCCCUCGCUGCAACAAGCUCCGCAGGCCUCGUCGCAGUCACGAUUGUCGCUGUAGCUGCAGCUGUAGCCGACGGCCUAGGGAGGGCCAUGCGGGCACUGCGCAUAAGGCGAGCUGGUUGCCUGCCGCUGCUCCGGGGCACCAGCACCACCUCGGACGCUGGGCUCGCUGAGCCCGUCGGCCUGGGACCUUUUGCGCGCCGGCGCGUGCCUGAAGAUGCGCCCCCAGUGCGUCUGGACCGCUGGGUCAUGAAGCACGUGUGCUCCAAUUGGGACGCAGCUCAGAAGCUGAUCGCCUCGAGGCAGGUCUGGGUCGUGCAGGGCGGCGAGGCCGCGCGGGCGGACGCUUCCUGGCUGUGCCAGAGGGCGGGGUUCCGCUUCCGCCCCUCCAUGGAGUGCAAAGGGUCGACGAAGGUGCAGCCCAGCGACUGCGUCUACUUCCCCCGGGACAUGACGCCCACGCCACGGAGGCGGGCUUCUGCCCGGGCGGCGGCCGAGCCCAGGAAGGACUGGCUCGCCCGGCGCCUGCUGUACAAGGACACCGACUUCCUGGCCAUCGACAAGCCCGCCGGUUGGAGCGUCACUCCAGGGAAGCACGUGGGCGACCUGCACCUGCAGCGCCACUUGCACCACUUGCAGUUCGGCCUGGAUGAGCCGCCGCGACUGGUUCACCGCCUGAGCACCGAGAUGGGCGGGGUACUGCUGCUGGCGCGGCACAGGGCCGCGGCGGCGUUCGCCAAGGACUCCAUCCGCCAGAGGGCGUUCUGGCAGCGCGCCUUCUGGGCGGUGGUCUGCGGGCGCGUCCCGAGCAGCGGCUCCGUGAACAUGCCCCUCGCGAAGGAGCAGCGGGGCACGCGGAUGGUCGCCAAGCCGUGCCGCGAGGACGACGGCGGUCUGGCGGCGCUCACGCAGUACAGCAGCUUGCGGUACUCGCCCCUGGGCGGGGGGCUCUCCUUGCUCGAGCUGAACCCGUACAGCGGGCGGCACCACCAGGUUCGCGCGCACUGCGCCUACGGGCUGCGUGUGCCCGUCCUCGGGGACCCGCUGUACUACGACCUGUCCGACAGGUUGAACCUCGAGACCGAGUACCGCGUGCGCUACCACAGCGAGGACGCGCGCCGGGAGCGCAAGCAGCUGCUCGGGGCGCAGCCCCCGCUGCAGCUGCACUGCCGGCAGAUGAUGAUCAAGACGUUCGCGGGCAAGGACGUGCUGAUCACGGCGCCCCUGCCCCCAGAGAUGGAGCGCACCUUCGCAGCGCUCGGGUGGUCCGACUUCGCGCGGCGUGCGGACCGCAAGGCCAAAGAGUUCAACCCGUGGCGGCCCGAGGAGGACCAGCACCUGGCGCUGCUUCUCGCUGAGGCGGACCAGGCCGCUGCGAUCGAAGAGGAGCGCGCCGAGGCCGAGGCCGAGCCGAGCAGGGCGCGGGACCCCGGCUGGCUGAGCGCCCUCCCGUAG